AUGGCCGCCGAGAAGCCCGAGAAGAAGGAGAAGAAGGACAAGAAGCGCAGCGACGAGUCGGGAAUAGGAAAGGCCAAGAAGGACAAGAAGGAUAAGAAGGACAAGAAGGACAAGCUCGCUGCCGCGGCGGAUGCCCAGAUACAGCAGGACGCCGCCGCCGCCGCCGCCAAGUCGGACAAGAAGGCCUCCUCCAAGAAGGAGGAGACAGUCGACGACGACUCCGAGGUCGACUCGCCCAGCGACGAUAAGCUGAGUGGUGUCCCCAUCGAGAGGACCGUCGUCCCCUUUGCCAGCAACACCCUGAAGCGCGGUGUCAAGGAGGUGGUCAAGACCCUACGCAAGUCGGCCGCCGCCUCCCCCGGCAACACGUCGUUCCCCGGCGUCGUCAUCAUCGCCGGCGACAUCUCCCCUCUGGACGUCAUCUCUCACAUCCCCGUCCUGUGCGAGGACCACAACGUGCCCUUCAUCUUCGUCAGCUCCCGCGCCGAGCUGGGCGCCGCCGCCAAGACCAAGCGUCCCACCAGCGUCGUCAUGAUCAUGGAGAAGCCCGAGGGUAAGAAGGCCGGAGCCGCCGCCGCCGACGUCGACGAGGACUUUGCCGAGUCCUACUCUUCCCUCGUCAAGUACGUAUCCAAGGAGCUGGGCAAGCAGGCCUUCUGGACCAAGGGAGAGUCGGCAUAA